UGUCAUUACACCGAGCGGAGUCAGAAAACAGUGAGCAGAAUCGGAUGUGGUCAUCAUCUGUUAUUUUGUAUCGAUAGGCCCAAUCCGUGCAGGACCUUGUGUGGUGAUUCGGGACCAGCGGGCAAAGAGAAGGACCAGACCGGGCCGGUACCUUGAUUCAGUCCGUAGCUGACACAUUGAUCCCUGCUGCACCGACAACUCGACUCAGAUCACGCUUCAGUGUCACCAUGCGCUCCUACACCACAUCUGCCGCUCUGCUGUGUCUGCUUGCCGGGGCCAUGGCAGCUGUUCAGACCCCCCAGACAGUGUUCUUGGAGAAGCAGCAGGCGAGCUCGGUGAUCUCCCGUCAGAAGAGGAACAUCGACGGCAGUAACCCGGCUCCGACUUCCAACCUGGAGCAGGUUUGCAUGGAGAAAGUGUGCAGCUACGAGGAGGCCAGAAAUGUCUUCCAGGACUCGUACCGCACGGAUAUCUUCUGGGCUGUCUACAUUGACGGAGACCAGUGUGCAGAGAAUCCCUGCAAGAAUGGAGCCAUGUGUUCGGACAGCGUGGGAGGCUACGACUGUGUCUGCAAGUCAGGUUUCACAGGGGUCCAUUGUGAAAAUGACCAGACUCUGUGCACCCUGGAGAAGGACAAGGGGUGCUCCCAGUUCUGCAAACCAGGCUACACGUCCUACGAGUGCUCCUGCGCAUGCGGAUGGAAACUCGGCCGCACGGCCCGGGAUAAGUGUGAGCCUGCAGUCCCAUUCCCUUGCGGUAAGGUGAACAGCCUGGGGCAGUGGGAUAAAAGACUGUCCAGCAAUGUUGCCAGCAACUUUAUAGGACUUAGCUGUUUAUCUUCAGAGUGCCCCUGGCAGGCUGUUCUGAAGAGUUCAGAGUCCGCAGCUUACUGCAGUGGCGUCAUUCUGAAGGAGAACCUGGUCUUGACUUCAGCUCGGUGUGCCAACAAAUACGAGUCCUUCCAGGUGGUGGUCGGCAAGCGCAACACCAACAAUGAAGAUGGAGAGCAGACACUGUAUGUAAAAAUAGUUCACGUCCACCCGCGCUUUGUGGAAAGUCGCCCCGAAAAUGACCUGGCUGUGAUUGAGCUCCGCGACCGCAUCAUGUUUAAGAGGGAGGUGACUGCUGCCUGUCUGCCUGAAAAAGACUUUGCAGAAAGUGUCCUGAUGACGUUACCAGCGAUGGUCACCGGCUGGAAAGAACCCACUCAGGGAACUGCUUUCCAGGGCCCUCUCACCCUUAACCAACUCGCAUACAACCGCCUGCCUCAGUGUCUGGAGACUCACCCCAACCUGGUGACCAAUAAAAUGGGCUGCACCACUCCCCGGAGCAAUGCUGACUGCACCAUGAGCUCCGGCAGCCCCCUGCUCACCGUGUACAGGGAGGUGUUUUUCCUCACUGGGGUGGUCAGCCUGCCGCCAGGGGCCGACUGCAACGACGGCUACAUCUUCCAGAAGGUGUCGCGCCACCUCGGCUGGCUGCAGCCUCUCAUGGGUUCCUGUUAGGUGGGGUAGUCCGGGAGAACAUUAUAUGUUAUGACAAAUAAUUAUAAUGCCGGUGAAUAAAUACUAAAACAGGGAAUCGGAUGAACUUUUUGAUUUAAUAGUUGUACAAUUUUGUCUUUUAAUAAUACCCAUCUCCUAAAAACCGUAUAGUUUUAAUCUAGUUUAUUGCUUGACUUCCUCAUUUAUCCACAAGGUGGCGCUUUUGUAUCACGCAGAGGGUCAGAAGCAGCAAGAAAUGCAUUGAAUUAUUCAGCAUGUGUUUUGUGACGUGGACAUACCUUUUAAUAACCUUUAUGUUAUGUUAUUUUUUUGCAACUUACUGUACUGGUUGACAUGCACCUUGUAACACUCCAGUUAAUCACUGUUCUGUGAAUGUAAUAAACCCUAACAACACA